AUGGUAGAGCGGCAGAAAACCAAUGCUACUACAAGCGCAGACCAACCCGACGCCGCUACUUCCAACGAUCUCGAUGCUGCGGGCGCUGUGGAUGCUAUGGAAGCUGUGGAUACUGUGGAUACUGCGCACGGCGAGGACCUGUACUAUCAGCAAGAAUCCGAACUCCUCCCGAACUGUGAGGGUCUGGCAUCUUCGUUGUGGAGCUUGGAUGACGCCUCAUUUCAGUGGCGUACGCCUUCCGCCUCUUCCGGAACCUCGUCGCCUCAGGUACCAUAUACAUUUGACGCAAUGCUGGAGAACAAUAUAAUACCAAACCCUUCAUAUCUAGAUAUCACGUUUGAGGGACUCUUCGAUUCAGAUUUAACGGACGCCGAGUCUCACCAACGUUACUGCCCGCAGCCAGUGGCUUUUUGGGCGGAAUCGAACGACGGCGCCUUGGCUAUGUAUCAGCGGCGGUUACUUCCAAGUGGGGCAGCAACUCCUCCGGCUGUAAACACGCCUUCUUCGGCAUCUCUCUCCCCACCCUACCCCUCUCCCGCCAACUCCUAUUCUCCAGGUGGCAGCUCAUCCAUCAGCCGCACGAGCAGCAUGGGACAAUUAUUCGCAACACAGCCUUCAGACAUCUCGUACCAAACCUCCCCAACGAGGAUCCCACUCCUGCACGUGGCAAUCCGCACCCGGAAAAAGUCCAUGAUCCGUCUGUUACUCCGCCGCGGGGUGUCUACCAUCAACGAGCAGGACAGCGAUGGCCGCACAGCCCUCCAUGUCGCCGUGCAGUCUGGCGAUGAAGAGAUGGUAGAAACUCUCAUGAAGCACGGAGCUGAUCCCAAGGCUGUAGAUAAACAUGGGUUGGAUGCCCUGCACUUUGCAGUAAAGCAGGGACAUGAGGAGAUUGUGGAAAUAUUGUUGGACGCGUUGGAGCCAAGGCCGCCUGUGCAGCCCACCCGCAUGUGAAAUACGUUUUUAACUGCCGGGCUUAUAUAACUGAAAAGCUUGAAUUUAUGGCUGAGAUUAUCUUUAUAGGCUGAUACCUGCUAUCUCUGAUUGACGUAUUAGACGACCAGUUGAAGAACACGUUGACUAAAACAAGGUUAUAGUUAGAUUUAAGUCUAACCUUGGCUUCCAGUUUCACAACAGGUAUGAGCAAGUUUACGAAAGGUGGUCGGUACUGUAAUAUGCAUGGAUAUGUGUGCACGUUUAUCACAAGGAUGAAAAUGCCACGCCACACCCGUUAUUACAACGUUAUUACAAACUACAGUG